UGCGCGCUGCCCGCCGCCGCCGCAGUCCUUAGCUUCCCGGGGACAGGAAACCUUCGAGACCGCGCUGCCACGGCCGCCUCCGCCUCUCGGCUCCCGGUUCCGCGCGCCUGCCACACCCUCCGCCCCUCCUCCGGCAUCUCUCGGCGGAGCGCCGCGGGGACUCGGCCCCGGGCUGCCGUCUCCCGUCCCGGCGGGGGAAAGGUGUGACCUCCCCCCGCAGGAGCGGCGCGGCGGGGCGGGGGGGCCCGGGAGAAGAUGGCGACGCCGGGAAGCGAACCCCAGCCUUUCGUGCCUGCCCUGUCGGUGGCUACGCUGCACCCCCAUCAUCAUCCCCACCACCACCACGGAGGAACCGGAGCCAGCGGCGGGGCCGCGGGAGGCGGCGGCGGCGGCGGGGGCUUCAACCUGCCCUUGAACCGGGGGCUGGAGCGCGCGCUGGAGGAAGCGGCCAACUCCGGGGGCUUGAACCUUAGUGCCAGGAAACUGAAGGAAUUUCCCAGGACCGCGGCCCCCGCGCAUGACCUCUCGGACACGGUGCAGGCAGAUUUAUCUAAAAACAGACUGGUUGAAGUUCCAAUGGAAUUGUGCCAUUUUGUAUCACUGGAAAUUCUUAAUCUGUAUCAUAAUUGUAUCAGAGUCAUUCCAGAGGCCAUCAUUAAUCUACAGAUGCUGACUUACUUAAACUUAAGUCGGAAUCAGCUGUCCGCCCUGCCGGCCUGCCUGUGUGGUCUCCCUCUCAAAGUCUUAAUCGCAAGUAACAACAAACUUGGAUCACUGCCUGAAGAGAUAGGUCAGCUCAAACAGUUAAUGGAGUUGGAUGUCAGCUGCAACGAGAUCACAGCUCUGCCUCAGCAGAUAGGGCAAUUGAAAUCCCUACGAGAACUGAAUGUCAGAAGAAAUUACCUUAAGGUUUUACCACAAGAACUAGUAGAUCUUCCCUUGGUAAAGUUUGACUUUUCCUGCAAUAAAGUGCUCGUGAUUCCCAUUUGUUUUAGAGAGAUGAAACAGCUGCAAGUAUUACUGCUUGAGAAUAACCCUCUGCAGUCUCCUCCAGCACAGAUUUGCACCAAGGGCAAAGUGCACAUAUUCAAGUAUCUGAGCAUCCAAGCAUGCCAGAUUAAGACAACAGACUCCCUUUAUCUCCACACCAUGGAAAGGCCACAUUUACACCAGCACGUGGAAGACGGCAAGAAGGAUUCUGAUUCGGGCGUUGGGAGUGAUAACGGAGACAAACGAUUAUCUGCCACAGAGCCUUCUGAUGAAGACACUGUUAGCCUCAAUGUGCCAAUGUCAAACAUCAUGGAAGAAGAACAAAUCAAGGAGGACUCCUGCCAUCGCAUUAGCCCAGUUCAAGGGGAAUUUCAUCAGGAAUUUCAGCCGGCGCCUUCAUUUGUGAGUGGCAAUGACAACUCAGGAGAAGAACGAGACCAGUUUUCCCAUGGAACCGAUGUGCUCCAUUCGGAAUUUAUAAACUACAUUAAGGAAAGGACUGAGGCCUGUGAGGAACUAUUACGGAUAGAAGAGGACGCGCACUGGCCAUCCGAGGGGACAAUAAGUGCAUCCAAAGAGCAGGACAUCGAUAUAGCAAUGAUUGAACAGCUGAGAGAAGCGGUGGAUUUGCUGCAAGAUCCCAACAGAUUAAGCACAGAUAUUACAGAGAGAAGCGUUGUAAACUUUUACCCUGUGGACCCGGCAGAUGACUUGGAAUUGCAAGACUCUGCACUAAAUGGUCAAAUACAAUUGGAGGCGUCUCCAGAAUGUGAGGUGCAAAAUGACCUAACAUUACAGAGUAAUGGGAGCGAGUAUUCUCCCAAUGAGAUGAGAGAGAACUCCCCCGCCAUCUCUCCGACCAGCACCAGCACAGCUCUGUUUGGCCUGAAACCUCGAUCAGUGUUUCUAAGACCGCAGAGAAAUUUGGAAUCUAUAGACCCACAGUUUACGAUUCGGAGGAAAAUGGAACAGAUGAGAGAAGAAAAAGAACUGGUGGAACAGCUCCGAGAGAGCAUCGAGAUGAGACUCAAGGUCAGCCUGCACGAAGACCUGGGGGCCGCCCUCAUGGAUGGCGUUGUCCUCUGCCAUUUGGUCAACCACAUCCGCCCGCGAUCUGUCGCAAGCAUCCAUGUCCCUUCACCAGCAGUCCCUAAACUUAGCAUGGCCAAAUGCAGAAGAAACGUGGAAAACUUUUUGGAAGCAUGCCGAAAAUUAGGAGUACCAGAGGAAAAGCUGUGUCUACCCCAUCACAUCCUUGAAGAGAAAGGCCUGGUCAAAGUGGGCAUUACCGUUCAAGCGUUGCUAGAUGUAACUGUAACGAAGGCUCUUUUCACAUGAGACCAGCUCCUCUCCUUUGGGUCGGCUCAGACGCUUUUCUGGUCAGAGACCCUGGACUCUGCUCUCAGCACCUGUCCCCUCCAGCCUCCCACUCCCUGCUCCUCUUGACGGACGGACAUCAGAGAAGAUUUCCUACCUUUCGUGACUGACUCCGACAUUAAGGUGAGACAGGUAAUUACCUAACACCCAUGAGGGAGCUGGUUGUGCAGAGCGGAGCAGCACAUCAAUGCCUUCUACAGCCUCCUCCAUCCCUUCCACGCUCACCCACUGCCAUUCCCGAGACGCCAGGCACGGCCCUUCUGCAGCAAAGAUGCAUUUGUUUUUAUUAAAACCAAACACAUUGUGUAUUUCGUGGGGGAGGGGGGUGGAGGGAAUGGAACUCAAUCAGGUUUUUCGCCACCAAAUUUUUCAAGAAGUUUCUUGAGACCAUUGCCUUUAAAAAAAACAAAACAAAACUAUUUUCGACAUACAAAAUAUUUAUAUAAAUAUUAUUUAUUAGUGAGUUGUUAUUCAUCCUUUGGAUGCAAAUUGUAAACUAGGAAACUAUUUUAUUACUGCUUUUUUGUGGUUAAACACUUUAUUUUAAUAUUAUAAAUAUUGAGUUAUUUUCUAUCCUCUUUGGUGUGCAAGUAGUUCUAGGUCUCCAUAGUCAUGUUUUCUGAUGUAUAUGACUCAAAAAAAAAAAUUUAAGCGAAAGAAAAACAGGUGCUUCUGUGACAAGAACUGUUUUCUGGGGAGGCAUUAUUUACACUUUGGUUUAUGGAACAUUGGUCUUAUUUAUAUUUCUGCAUUCCAUCCAGCUUCCUACAUUCCAGCAGCCCUGUUGUCCCCUGAUAUAAUGAACUGACUGAAAUCAAGAGCGCACCCCAAAGUUAUUUGUAAAUAGCUGUGAUGGAAAAAAAGACAUAUUAAACUUGAAUAUAAAAAUGUGAACAAUUCUUUUUUUGGGUUCAUACUUAUUUUGCUAUGCACAAAACAUUCACGUUUUAACGCAAAGAAGUAACGAGUGUUGGCCUCAUGUGUCUUGUCGUGUGAUUUUGCACUGGACCUGGGUAAAAGUCUAGCACCAAAGGUAGGUAAUAAGGAAGUGGUGUAGGAGAGUGGAGAGGAGAAAAAGAUGAUUCUGUAACCAAAAAGUUUUUUAAGGGCAGCUUAGUGGAAGAGUGAGCAAGAAGUAACUUAAGAUACAGAGGACCUAGGUCAGGAAACCAGCACUUUCUACAGCUGCCCAUUUUAAAAGAGGCAACAAUUCUGAGAUGUAGACGUGCUUGUUUUAUUGCAGCUUAGCUGGUGGCUUUCAAAGUAGCUCAUGAAACACUGUAAGACUCACAAGGUCUGGUGUGAAACCGCAGAAGUGAGUCAGUGAAUUGGUGGGGCAGGUGGAUGCAACACCAAGGUGGGCACAGGAGAAGGUGAAGUAAGUAGUAUUUGUGAGCCUGAAGGGCCCGGGAGGGAGCAAGUUCACAGAAAACAAUGAGGUGAGAAAACCCAGCAGAGGAGAGGGAUCCGUGUUGGUCUGAGGGAGACGCGUAAGACUUCACAGACACACAACCUAUUUCAGGCAGUUACAUGCAUGUGCACCCACCCUGCAGGUACAGAUUUCCCAGGAAUUCGUCUUUCAAAGCCUUGUGAAUGCUGACUGCACCUUUGCCUCUGUGAAAAGCCAUUGUUGAGUUUUUAGAGCAGCAGCAGUCACAAGUUGUAAGAAAAGACAGAUGUGAACACAAAAGAGACCAGGAGGACAGUAUGCGUUGAACACAGACACAUCAGCCGAUGCCAGGGCUGCCCUCCAGUCUGGGCAAGGGGGAGGGGGCGCUGAAAACAGUCGUUUGGAUUGGCAGCUAGCAGUUACUUCCUAUCAAAUGUACUGUGCACUUUAACCUAAUUUAAAAUAUAUUUUAAUGUUUUCCUGUACUGCACAAAUACCUGUUUUGUCAAAUAGCAUAACAAUGUAAAAAAAAAAAGAAAACACUUUGAACAAAGAGCGUAUUCAAUGUAAGCCACAGUCAAAGGUUGAUGACAGAAAUAGGAAUUCAGAUGACUGCACCUUGAUGGGCAUUGAGAAUGCAGGGUCCUGAAGUAUUUUUUUUACAUGUAUAUAUGGCAAUAUGAAACUCUGUAAUCCUUGUUUUGAAAGAUUUUUUUUCAGAAUUAAAAUAUUUCUUUUGAUACUAA